AUAAAUGAAAAAAAUGAAAUGAACCUGUAGCAUUAUACCUUAAAAAUAUCAGCACUUAAUUGCCAAGAGUUCUAAAGGGAUUCACAGCAGAAAUUUUAAAACGAGACAAAUAUCUCCAAAAUGACAUCCACAGAGGUUCAAAUGUCUGAAGCAGAAAAGCAGCAUCUUGGCAUGGUGGAGGUGAGGUUGGAUUCACAACAAGCGAUGAUGCACACGCCAUCACGAGAUCAAGCAUUACAUGGAUACACACAAGGACAUGGGGUACAGAGCGGAGCUCCGCCUUCUUACGCACAAUCGACCAAUCACAUCCCGGUCCAGCCCCCACAAUCACAGACUGCACCUCGAUCAACCAAGGCGUUUUCGGGAGCUCCCAGGCAGCACAUUCCUGACUAUUCCCGCCUCGCUCUGAUGGUCACAUUGUGUUGUUGUCUCCCGUUCGGUCUAACUGCCUAUUUCAUGAAUUCAAGAGCACAGGACAAGCAAUUGUAUGGAGAUGACGAUGGUGCUCGUUCUUCGUCUCGCUGCGCCCUAGGCUUCGCCAUAGCUGGGAUAGUGUGUGGAUGCAUCGUUUCCGCGUUGGCGGGAAUAUAUUAUUUUGUACUCAUUGGGGUAUACUGAAUAAAUCAAUGCGUUGAGAUCCGCAAACCGCCAUGAUCAACCAUGGAGUCUAUAUGACAAGGAUAAUCGUGAUAUACUCGUGACUGACGGAAGGAUUUGACCUGUGCACCUGGAAAUGCUAUAAUGAGCAUUGAACUGACGAUGUCGAAAUGGUUAUCAACAUGAUCAAAUCGAGCUAGAUUAUAGUACUGUUAUGUAGUAUGUAUUUAACUUCCUGUUAUCAGACUUUAUUGCUUUGUCAUAUCAGAUGAUGAAAUAAUUCUGUCUUUGAAAAUGAUGUUUCGUUGGAUAAUUUAUCCCGAAACUCAUUAUGGAAAUGCUAUAAUGAGCAUUGAACUGACGAUGUCGAAAUGGUUAUCAACAUGAUCAAAUCGAGCUAGAUUAUAGUACUGUUAUGUAGUAUGUAUUUAACUUCCUGUUAUCCUUUCAGUCAUUCACCUUCACUUGUUUACAAACUCCCCCAAUGUCAUCUAAGCAUUCUCAAACCACCAAUACCAUUUAACUCCUAAACCUUGACCAUAAAAAGACCAACCCUCAGUGACGUAAGCUAACUUCAAGGAAGAAGUAUGACUCACACUUCCAGCCCCAAUCACCUGCACAGAGCAACACCACACCCCUUAUACCAGAGAAAGUUUGAUAGACAGUUACCUGUAGACCAAUCAGAUCAAGUUUAGAGAUCACUCCCACCUUAAAUUGUUACACCCCCAAAACUAAUGAUAUAAAUAAGACUUCUUGAUUAUUAGAGAAUAUAGAAUACAAAAGAAAUACUAGACCCACACUCACCCAGAUAGAGACUGACUGACUUCAAGACUUAGACGUCCAUCGAAUAUUAAUUUAACUUCACAAUCUCAAUCUGAUACUUCUAAAUUAUUGUAUAUUCAUCGUCUCCUAUGAUAUCUGAAUCUUCAUGUACUUCGAACUGUAGCUGAAUAUUGAUGAUUAAAUACCUAGUGAUUUCAACUGU